AGAAAACGUCAUCCCGGUACAUGAAGCGAUGGCUGCAGUCGUAGACGGGUCGCGGGGCUGUGCAGGGAAUAAAGUGAGCGACUUUUUACCAGACCGAGUCUGUGAGAGCAGUGAAGGUGAUGUGGCUGAUGAAGGCGGAAGCGCAGCGGACUUCCUGCAGGGGGAGCACAGCAGCAGCAGCUGGAGCCUGAAAUCCUCAAAGGAUGUUGGCGAGCUGCUGGAAAAGUUCCGAGAGGAGACCGAAGCUUUGGAGGAACAGGUUCUGACCGUCUGCAGCUCUGUGCCUCCCAAAGUUUCAGCGGCUCUGUCAGCCGCAGGGGAGGCCAGGUGUUCCCUGGAUGAGCUGCUGCAGAGAGAGCAGUUUAUCUCCAACAAGCUGCAACAGCACUUACAGGGGACCAAACAGUGGAUGGGGGAUCUUGGCCAGACAUGUAACCAAGUGGACUUUAUAGAGCGGUCCAUAAAAUACCUGAAGUGCCUUCACCACAUAGAGGAACUUAGUGCUGCAGUCCAGCAGUAUCUGAUGAUCAACAGCGUGUGGGACGCUAUAAAAGGAGUGGAAAGCAUGGCAGCCCUGGACUGUGGACUAAGCCAGUCGGAGUGUCCCCAUCUUUGUGACUUUCUCAGGAAAACACUAUGUUUCUGGCACACCAUCAUCAAGGAUCGACUGACCAGUGAUUUUGAGAAAGUGUUAAUUCAACUUCAGUGGCCAAUCAUCACACCCAACCAGUCGGUGACUCCCCCGGCCAACCAUCAGGAUCUCAGCAGCCAGUUGGAGGGGCUGGUGCUACAGCUGCUCGCUCUGCAGACUUCUGAUGACCUCAUAUCCCAGAGAGCUUCAGCCUCCACCCAAGGACCGCCCACUGUGUCUUCAUCCACGCUUGCCUCACCAGCACCUCCACUCUGUCUGCCCAUUCAGAUCAUGCUGCAGCCACUCGCCAAGAGGUUCCGAUACCAUUUCUACGGAAAUCGCCAAACCAACUCCAUACACAAGCCUGAGUGGUACCUAACACAAGUUCUGAAAUGGCUGGAGAGCAGCUCAACCUUCAUGGAGGAAAAGAUUCAGCCCGUUUUUGAUCAAGCCGGGCAAACUAUCAGCGCAAAGGUGGAGCUGUGUCGAGGCCUGGUGACUUUGGUCCAGGAGAAGGUUGGCAGCGAUGCGUCUCGCAUGCUGUAUGACGACGGACUCUUCUGCCACCUGGUGGAGGAGGUGCUGCAGUUUGAAAAGGACCUGAGGAGCAACCAUUCAUACCCUGCAACGCUGCCCGCUCUCCUUCACAUCCUGCUCGAGGAUGCAUUCCUUCAGAAGUGGCUCGCUGUAGAAAGGAAGAUGGCUGUAGAGAAGAUGGAUGCCAUGCUGUCCGCCGAGGGAGCUUGGACAUCUCAGUAUAAAGACAUCAGUGACAUGGAUGAGCUGAAGGCACCCGAGUGUGCCGAGACGUUCAUGACUCUGCUACAGGUCAUCACUGAACGUUACCGAGCCUUGCCCAGUCCUGCCGCACAGCUCAGGUUUUUCGGGCUGCAGAAGGAACUGGUCGAUGACUUCCGCAUACGGCUGACUCAGGUGAUGAAGGAAGAGUCCCGCUGUCCACUGGGGAGCCGUUAUUGUGCCAUCCUCAAUGCAGUCAACUACAUUUCAACCAUCCUGAGAGACUGGGGAGACAACGUGUUUUUCCUCCAGCUGCAGCAGGCGGUGGUUUCUCUGGGUGAGCAGGAGUUACUGGGUAGCAUUGAGAUGAUGGAGGUCGGUCGCCUGGCUUCCCUGGAGGGAUCUCUGUUUGAUGGCCUGUUGUCACUACUGGAUCGCUUAAAGGGAGACAUGCUGGGAAGACUGCUCCACUCUCUAAUGAGAGACACGGCUGAAAAGGCCCAGCCGUACUGCCAGGAGAGAUGGCUGUCCAUUCCAGCGCCACAAGACCAGUCCGCCAUGUCCCUGUCCAGUUCAGCAUGUCCCAUGAUGCUGUGCGUGAGGGACAGGCUGCUGAACCUUCAUCAGGUCUUGAGUGUUUCUCUCUUCCAGCUGGCCUGGCAGGGCUUGGCAGAAAAACUGGACAACUUUAUCUACCAGGAGGUCAUCCUGGCUAACCAUUUCAGUGACGGCGGAGCAGCUCAGCUUCAGUUUGACAUGACCAGAAACUUGUUUCCGUUGUUCGGCCAUUACUGCAGAAGACCUGAGAACUUCUUCAAGCAUGUCAAGGAGGCGUGCAUCAUUUUGUCCUUAAAGUUGGGCUCUGCCAUUCUCCUCAGGGAUCUCCUGAAACGCUCCAAGCUAGAGGCAAAAGAUUGGGAAGAUGCAGGAGAUCCUUCACCAGAGUCUGCUCUCAAUGAGUUGGGGGUUUUCUGCCUGGCACCAUGUGAUGUGUUAAUUCUUCUUAACCUCAGAGCUUCGUUGCCAGGAAUAUAAAUGGUGCUAGUUAGGCAGUAUUCCUGUUUUGUGGAGUGUGGAUCAGAUCAGAUCAGUGGAAGGACUGACUCCCCAUCUUAUUGCAUCCCAUCUCCCUUGUAACAAAUCCAAAGUAUUGUUACUUACAUUAGAACUAAAGUUAAUAAAUCCAGAUGCCUCUGAGCUAAUUUUUGUUUUAUGAGUCUUUUUGUGAUGAUGGUUAUAUUGCAUCA